UAUGAAUCGUCUUCACAAUGGUGUGAUUGGAUUAGCAUUGAAAAACUCCUUUUUCUUUAGUACAGCUAAAAAGGCAAAGAUGGAAUUGACAGUCAGAACUCCAUAUAAAACUAUCAUUGACAAGUUUGAUGGUUUCUCAAGGAUUGUUGCUAAGACUAAUGAAGUACUCUCUCAAUCAAAUUUAGGCUGCACUUAUCAUAUAAAAUCGUACACCUGCUGCAGUCUAUAUUUUACCACCUGGACCUUUGAAAAUUAAAUUUACUUAAGAUGUAAAAGGAAUUACUGGAGAUUUCUUACAUUUGGGAGGUUAUGUAUUUGUCAAUCCGUAAAAUAAUUAUUCAUUAAUUAUAGAGAUAACACUUGCGAAAUCAAUUUGUUAGAUGUUGUUGAUAGAAAAGAAGCAAAAGUAGAUCAAUUUGAUAAAGCAGAUGUAAAAGAUGCAGAUACAGUUGCAGGAAGAUAUGCUGGAAAAAUAAGGAGAGCUGCAUAACGUACCUUUAUUAAAAAAGCAACAGCAUGAU